UGACGACAAUACGCGUAAGUGCCCCUCCAUAUUACUUCCUAACGAGGACACAGCGUUUGCAUGUAUAUCUAAUCAGGCGUGGUACGAUGGUUCACUCACACACACAGACACAUCUUACGGAUAUUCUUGAUAUUGAAGUGUUGAAAAAGGAUAUUGUUGGAGUAGAUAUUUGAUGAUUAGUGUUAGUGACGAAAAGUUAUCAGUGGAUUAAUAUUGUUUCAAUUAUUUCAAAAUCGGUGUCAGUUAUGUACUUAAUAUACGUAUUUACAGGCGACAGUUCAUUCCCGAAAGAGUGUUUCAAAGUUUGAAAAUUAGCAUUAAAUCUGAACUUUUUCAAUUAAAGCACACCGUUAUAACAUGACAGGUAUGAUAGUACGUCGCAGAGUUAAUUACCACGCCAUAAUCCAACAAGGUGAACUUUGAAAGGAUGAAAAUUAUGUCAAUGUAAAUACAAGCCAAAAAUAUAUUAAAAGUACAUAUAAACUGUUUUCACAGGCUUAUGGUGAACGCAAAAAGUGAAGAUACCAGAUAAACAUAAUUACCGCAGGAAAAAUGCCUCACAUUGGAUAUAAGGUCACAUACUUGAAUCGUCAAUCGGAUUACUUUUAAUUAAAAGUUUCACAACGCACAGCAUCUGCUUGCUAGAACGGAUUCGUAGAUUUAAGGCCACAAGAAAUACACCGUUUAGAGUACAGGGUACGGAAUGGAAGCCAACAUUGCUGGUGUAGAGAUUCGCAUCAACGAUGCAAGUUAUCCAAUUAACGGCACAAACGAUAACAAAGAUAACUCUGACGACAUAGAAUACCGGAAACCGACCACGCGUCUGCGCAGACGACUGAAGUGGUACUUCUAUGAGGCAUUCAAGUUCAAGACCGGCACGUGUUACUUUCAAUUGCUUCCUCUGUUCUUUUUCCUUAUGCACUUGAUGAAGGUCGGGCUGAUAACAUCGCAGAUGUUCAAUUUCGGGAACGACCGUGCCAACUUUUCCAACGUGGUCAACCGCGGACAUCUGGCUCUGCGGAACCAUUUUCUCAAAGGAUGGGACGCAAGUUCGAACUAAGUUUACGUUUUCCAUGUUACAUGUAACAAUAAUAGGUAGACGUAUAUCGUUUAACCGUUAAAUGAAUAUUCUUCUACGAUGUUUAAUGUUCAUGGUUUAAUAAUUACAACUUCUGUCACAUUUAUAUGGAUUGGAUAAUUUGUUCACGUGACCGGUUUUUCAUUUUCCGAUCGUAUGCAAAUUUAAACAUGAAUAUUCAUGGCGCUACUUUCUGGUCAUUAACAAGUUGCCAAUAUGAUGUUAUGUUUUGCGCGAAACUUGAUGGCGUUGUUUCUUAUUGGUCAAUAGUGAAAUGACGUUAUAUUUAUUGCGCGAACUUCAACGAUAUACCCAUUUGACGGCGAUGAAACCGAAACUGAAAAUAGAUUCAUACGCUAGAUUAAAAAGGACUUUUAUGACCCUUACCACGACAGAAUUUCAGCUUUAAGAUCAUUUUGUGUUGUAAUUAUAAGAAUU